AUGGAGCAGCAUGCAUGGCUGCCGGAUUAUAUCAGCGAAGCAAAUUUAUUUGUCCACGUCAACCGCGGACGUGGUGAGAAUUGCAUCUCUGUCAUCCGGUUCAUGGUCGUUGCUCUCCCCCAGUCAUCAGUCGUAACCUUGUGCUUUGGGCCGAGAUAUAUGUCGUGGCAUUCCGCCAUGUGGAAUUCAGCGUUUGGCCAGGUGUCCAUUGGCCGCUGCGUGUCCCGCUUUCGUCGGGAUCAUCCAAUUGAGCCGCACGGACAAGUCAUCGUUGCAUCUUCUGCCACCCACACGCUAGGAGGUUAA